AUGUCUUUGAACGAUUUCACGGGCUCUUUUAACAAGCGAUUCCAGGAGUUCACUACCCAAGUCUCCCAGAGAGCCCAGGAUGCUCAGUUGGACAAGAAAUUCAAGGACUUGUCAGAGGCCCUUACACAGAAAACACAAGAUUUCACGACUCAAUUGCCUUCUUUGGCUCAGUCUACCCAACGUAUGGUCCAGGAAAGGCUUGGCCAAGUCACGGAUAUCUCUCAACUGCCUCAAGAAUAUGUGGAACUAGAACACCGUAUUGACAGGAUCAAACUGGUUUACGAAAACUUUCUAAAGGUGACUGAGGUAUACGAAAAUGAAAGCUACGACUACCCUAACAAUGUACGGGAGUCUGUUAACGAGUUCUCAGGUGUUGUGGCAUCUAAGCUCCACGACUUGUCCCGCGCUAGCUCCACCGGAGAGGCACAGUCCGUUUUGAUUGCUCCAGGCCCUCACCGUGAUCCGAAGACUUUGAACUAUGCUUUAAGUAAAGUCGCUUUGACAUCUAGUGAGUACUUGAACAAGUCUGUCGGCAGCGAAGAACCUGAUUUGUCCUCAACUUUACUAAAGUACAGUGAUGUGCAAGCAAAGAUAGCCCAGGCUAGAUUGCAGCAGGACACCUUGAUUCAGACUAAAUUCAACAAGAAGUUAAGAGCUAUCUUAGCGAAGGACUUGAACGAGGCGCAUUUGGCCCGCAAAAAUGUGGAAGCCAAGAGGUUGCAAUAUGAUAUUGCUCGCGCCAAUUUGAACGGUGCCAAGCCCGAAAAAGAAGCUUCUUUGAGAGUACAGAUGGAAUCUCUAGAAGAUGAAUUUGCUCAGGCCACGGAUGAUGCCGUUGUUAAGAUGCAGACAGUGACAGAAUCAUCAGAAUUCUUGAAAGACUUGCGUGAACUGGUGUCUGCUCAAGCCGCGUAUUUCAAACUAUCGUCCGAACUAUUGACUGAAUUCUUGCCCCAGUUAGAAACAGUUUAA